GGCAACAAACAACAGGCGACGGAAACCAGUAGCGCAAGCUAGCUGCGUCGAGCAACUCGUUGCGGACAGAAGGGUACUUACCAAGUCCUUUCCCCCCCCUACAUCUGAGCCGACCUCGCUUAUAGACCCUUUCAUCGUACAAAAACGUCAUGGCCCAGGAAACUAACUCAAGCCCAGUGCCCAUUCUGUGCACCACUGGCUGUGGUUUCUAUGGCAACCCACGCACCAAUGGCAUGUGCUCAGUGUGCUACAAGGAGCAUCUGAACCGACAGAACAGUGGAGUCAGCCCACUCAGCUCUAUGGGUUCCAGUGGUCCCUCCUCUGAGGUCUCGGCCAUCCAGCGGAUAGAGGCCACUCUGAGUGAAGCGGUCAGUGGGAUGGAGUCAGCCAGUGCAUCGGCUGCAGUAGCAGCGGCAGCAGCAGCUCUGCCAGUCACACAGCAGAUGACUGAGAUGAGCAUCUCCUGCCAGGAGGAGGCGCCAGAGAACAUAGAGCCAGUGCUGACCCAGCCUGUGGCCUCUCCCACUCUGGCCACAGACGGGGCUGAGGAAGCCAGAGCACCAGAGCCCCCCAAACCCAAGAAGAACCGCUGCUUCAGCUGCAGGAAGAAGGUUGGCCUCACAGGGUUUGACUGUCGCUGUGGAAACAUCUUCUGUGGCAUUCACCGCUACUCCGACAAGCACAACUGCCCUUACGACUACAAGGCCGAGGCGGCAGCCAAGAUCCGUAAGGAGAACCCAGUGGUGGUGGCCGACAAGAUCCAGAGAAUAUAAGGACCCGUACGGUCUGCCUCACUGUUCUGUUGCGUCCUGCUCGGCAGGACCGAUUGACUAAUGGACUCGCAUUCUCCAGCGACGGAAAGACUUAGUUUUUUAAAAAUGA